GAGGCCAGCCACCAGCCCAGCUCAACUUUGGCAGUGCCAGACCUUUGGGAAAUUGGCCACGCAGCAUUCGACAACAAAUGGCAGAGAACGGACUGCGAGGACAGGACCGCGGAGCUCUCUUUCCAAAAGGCCGAAAUCCAGCGGCAACCAUGCAAGAUGGACCCACAGGGUUGGACGGACGGCGGUGCGACUUCUGCCCCCAAUCUUAUGGUGCCCAGAGAACUAACAACACCAGACUGGAUCGGAGCAGGCUAUGGCGACAAAGUGGAUACCUUCGACCGAGCCAGCCGCAGAGGUGACACCUCUCCCCAGACCAACAAUUCGGGCCCACACAAGCAGCCAACGCACCGACAACCGGACAAUCACCCGUGCCGCUUCUGUCCUCACUCAAGCGCUUCCGCAGCGGAUGUCGUCAUCCACGAGAGGACUCACACUGGAGAGAGGCCCUUCAGUUGCGGUGCCUGCGAGAAAACGUUCACGCAGAAGGGUAACUUGAAGGCUCACGUUAGAACUCACACCGGAGAGAAGCCGUUCAAGUGCAAUACGUGCAGCAGGGCGUUUACUCAGAGAACCAGUUUGGCGGUUCAUGAGAGGACUCACACAGGAGAAAAGCCGUACAGGUGCGAGACCUGCGGUACAGCGUUUGCGGCUAAUAGCAAUUUACACAGUCAUCGGAAGAGACAUCACAUGUGAUUGAAACAGCAACGUGCAUCAUAGUUGUGGAGGGGAUUUAAACGAAAUACUGGACCUCCGAUGUGUGUUCAUUUCAUUUGGCGAUAGACCUGCAGAGGUUUUACUUGCGAGCAGUGUGUGUUUCGCAUGGUUCAAAAUGUUUCCGCCUCUUACUCAUCGCGUAAACACAGCUAAAAAAUGUGAAUUUACCUUAGAGGAAGCGACCAGAGUUCUUUUUUGUACACGAAAAAAAGAAAAUACUUGAAGCCUUGUGUUUCUUUAUUAAUUUAGAGUCAUUAAUCACGUGAUGCACCUGGAGUCUCUGGGUUGUCUGUAGGGUCACUUACGUUCCUUUCAAGUCGGCCUCCUCAUGACCAUAAACAUACGAACUCAUAAAAUAACUAAAGUCUUUCAAGAGCAGCAAUCUUGAAUAUUGCUAAUGUUAAGAAAGUAUAAGAGCAACCGAGUCAUGAGGAGGGGUCAGCAUAAUUUUUAGAUGAGAAAUAAAGCUAUAUUCGAAACUAUUUAAGACACCAAGCUGGAAACUAAGGCUUUGCUCAUAGGACUGCAACAGAAUAUGCAUGACUCUUAGAUUUAGAAAAUGCGGUUUAAUUUCCUAUCUCAUUUCGUAAUAUUCUUCGUCCUUUUCUUUUUGACCAGUUUUUGUAUCUGAAUUCUGAUGACAUCACUCAAUGUGCUUGCUACAUGCAAUACUCGUAUGUACGUUUUCCUUUUGCACGAUUUCUUUUUUUUUUUGCGCAUUCACGAAGACGGUUCUCAUCAUUUAGGAUAUUCAUACUUUCAGUGCUAUUCAUUUGGUGUUCAUAUAUACUCCGUUUCACCUUAGGUACGAGCGCGCACAAUGUUGUGAGCCGGAGGACCAAUAAAACAGUGCAGAAAGCGCAAAGCCAUAGCGUGCUCUCUGCGCUUGAUAGAACUAGCCGGUGGAGGAGCACGCACAGAGAGAUGGCGAAUACCGGCUAGUCCUAUAGUCCUAUGAACUGCAGAGAACUCGUCAUGGCUUUGUGCCUCUUUUGCUGUUUGAUUGGCCCUUCGGCUCAUAACAUCCGCCACGCUCGGACCUAAGCCUAAACGAGGUAUAGUUUCACUUGAAUUCGUCAGGCUUUUAAAUAUUAGAAAUUCCUCUUGCAGUGGACGGAUCAUAUGCAUG